GCGCCGGGGGGGCCGGGGGGGUGGGCGAGUGCCAAGGGAGGAGGAGGAGGAGGGGGAGGAGGCAGGACAGGCGGGCACGGGCGGGCACAGCACCCGCCCUGCGCUCCCGCAGCACCCACUGCCCACACCCUGCCGGGGUCUGGGGGGGGAACCCCCAAACCCCCCCCCGGGGGCCAUGGGCAUCCAGGGCAUGGAGCUGUGCGCCGUGGCCGUGGUCAUCCUCCUCUUCAUCGCCGUGCUCAAGCAGUUUGGCAUCCUGGAGCCCAUCUCCGUGGAAGACAAUAGCGAUGCCGACGUGGAGCUCCCGACCAUCCGGCACCAACCCGAGGGGCUGGAGCAGCUCCUGGCCCGGACCAAGUUCACUAAGAUGGAGCUUCAGUCCCUCUACCGUGGCUUCAAGAACGAAUGUCCCAGCGGCCUCGUGGACGAGGAAACCUUCACACUCAUCUACUCACGGUUCUUCCCCCAGGGCGACGCCAGUUCCUACGCCCACCUCUUGUUCGACGCCUUCGACGCCGACCACAACGGGGCUCUGUGCUUCCAGGAUUUCGCCGUGGGGCUCUCGGUGCUGCUGCGGGGGACGGAGCAGCAGAAGCUGAAGUGGACGUUUGACCUCUACGACGUGAAUAAGGACGGCUACGUCACCAAGGAGGACAUGCUGGAGAUCAUGAAGUCCAUCUAUGCCAUGAUGGGGCCCUGCACCGAGCCCACCCUGCGGGCCAGCGCCCCGGCCCAGCACAUGGAGCUGUUCUUCCAGAAGAUGGACAGGAACGGGGACGGCGUGGUGACCUUUGAGGAGUUCCUGGAGACCUGCCAGGAGGUGGGGGGACUCCGGGGGAGCUGGGGGGCACUGCCACCCUCCUCCUCCUCCAUCCUGCCAGGCCUUGGAGUCUGAGAUCCCCCUGCUCCUCGUUCUGUCCCAGAGUGAUGUACUGGGGGGGGGGCAGGAGGGAUGGGGACAAGGGGGUGAUCCC